CUAUAAGUGAUUCUCAAGUCUGCAGUCUCAAAUAAUCGAUUACUCAUCAACCAACUCACUACACCUACAUUAUAUAUAUCACCAUCUUACUCUGAAGGUUGAAGCUAUUGCAUCUCCUAUCUUCACAAUCUCAUUCAUACUUCAAAUCAUACAAAUCAAUCAUGCCUGUCGUCAAAAACCGUGCUGUGAUCUUUCAAUCUCCUCCUACUGGUGGUUAUCCUGUCGAAGGUCAACAUCUAGUCUACUCCGAGUCUAACGAGAUCGAUGUUGAGAAUGUCGAUAUCAAAGACGGUGUGUUAGUCAGAAACAGAGUAGUAUCUAUUGAUCCUUACCAACGAGGUCGUAUGCGAGCUCCCGAGGUUGAGUCCUAUAGCGCACCUUUCAAACUCAAUUCACCUAUCACAAACUAUGGGGUUGGAAAAGUGAUUCGAUCGAAUGAUGAUCGAUUCAAAGUGGGUGAUGAGAUCUUUUCAAACUCGACUGGGUUUGAAGAAUACACUAUUAUCUCUAAGAAAGGUUUAGAUGAUGUGGCUACUCGAGUGAUUGAUCAAAAGAUUGGUUUACCUAUUGAGAAAUGGACUGGUGCAGCUGGAAUGCCUGGAAUGACGGCUUAUUAUGGGUUUUAUGAAAUCGGUCAACCAAAGAAAGGUGAAACGAUCUUUAUAUCAGCCGCAUCAGGUGCAGUAGGUCAAAUUGUGGCUCAAUUAGCCAAGCGAGAAGGUUUAAAAGUCAUUGGAUCUUGUGGUUCGGAUGAGAAAGUAGAAUAUUUAAAGAACGAACUCAAAUUCGAUCAUGCGUUUAAUUAUAAAACUUGUAAUAAUCUUGAAGAAUUGAAAAAGUUUGAACCGAUUGAUAUUUAUUGGGAUAAUGUAGGAGGUGAAACCCUCGAUGAUUUCUUUUUGGUGGCAGCUGUUCGUGCCAGAAUCAUCGCUUGUGGGAUAUUGAAAUGCUUUCAUGAAUUGCUUCCUCAGAUGAUAUCUCAAUACAACGUUUCUGGUGAACCUUAUGGAAUCAAGAACAUCAUGUUAACGGUUGGAAAAUCCAUCAAGAUGCAAGGCUUUAUCAUCAUCAACCCUGAAUGUUGGAAACCUACGGCUCCUAAGUUUUACGGAUCCGUACCUCAAUGGUUGGUUAAAGGAGAAAUCAAAUCAAAAGAAGAUGUAACUAAAGGAUUAAAGAAUGCGAUUGGUAGUUUGAUUGGAAUCUUUAAAGGUCAAAACUUUGGAAAAGCUGUAGUAGAGAUUUGGGAUGGUAAUUGA